AUGGAUAAAAGAAAGAUGUCGACAGCAGGAGAUUCCCUGUAUCAAAUAUUAGAAAUUCCAAAAACUGCCACUCCUGAAGAAAUUAAAAGGACUUAUAGAAAGUUAGCAUUAAAAUAUCAUCCUGAUAAAAAUCCAAAUAAUCCAGAAGCGGCAGAUAAGUUUAAAGAAAUAAAUAGAGCACAUGCUAUAUUAACAGAUUUAACUAAGAGAAAUAUAUAUGAUAAUUAUGGAUCUCUUGGAUUAUAUGUCGCGGAACAAUUUGGUGAAGAAAAUGUUAAUGCAUAUUUUGUAGUUACUUCUGGUUGGUGCAAAGCACUCUUCAUAUUUUGUAGUCUGAUAACUGCAUGUUAUUGCUGUUGUUGCUGCUGUUGUUGUUGCAACUUUUGCUGUGGCAAAUUUAAGCCAACACCACCAGAAGAUAGUGGAGAAUACCACAAUUUACAGGAAGAGGAGAGUGAUGACGAUGCGAUUACAGCACAGCCACAGGGUGGUCCGCAAAAUAAUUCGACGAAUCAACAACCCAUUUUCGCCAUGCCUCCACCAGCCAUGAGCCAACCGAUCACUACCGUCGAUGAGAAUACAAAUUUGAACAGGGGUGCUGAAAGAGUUAUUUACACAACUGGUAUUACAAGUACUUAA